AUGUCGACGAAGCAUUUCUUUCCCACGACCGAGGGCGUCGUCGUCCAAGCUCUGGACUCCUUCGUCACCAGGAACCCAUUCCUCGGCCUCGACGUGCCCAAUAAAGUCGUAUGGAACAAGAACCAUCCCCCCUCGCAGAUAUCGAUGAUAUCUGGCGGGGGCGCUGGACAUGAGCCGGCGUGGUCAGGAUAUGUGGGCGACGGCAUGCUUGCCGCUGGUGUCAGCGGCGAGGUGUUUGCAAGUCCUGCGACAAAGCAGAUUAUGGCGGCGGUGAAGAAGGUGCCUUCAGAUGUUGGUAUAAUACUGUGUAUCACCAAUUAUACUGGGGACAACCUACAUUUCGGCUUGGCGAAAGAGAAAGCUACAGCUUUGGGCUACAAGGUCGGCGUUUGCCGCAUGACGGAUGAUGUUGCGUUGGGGAGAAAGAAGUCUGAAGGGUUGGGUCGAAGAGGUCUCGCAGCCAAUGUCCUCGUGCUAAAGAUGAUGGGCGCUGCCACACAUCAGGGAUGGACGUUCGAGCAGUGUCUUGAGAUUGGAGCUCAGGGCAACGCGCAGAUGGUCACCGUUGGUACGAGCCUCGACCAUUGUCAUAUACCCGGGCGAGAGCAUCACGAGCAUGUCCCUGACAAUGCCUGUGUGCUGGGAAUGGGUAUUCACAAUGAACCGGGUCUGCAAACACUUUCGCCGAUGCCUUCGCCGGAAGAGGUCGUCAAAAAGAUGCUGCUCUUCCUGCUUGAUCCCAAUGAUUCCGAUCGAGCGUUUGUGCCCUUCGACGGCACUAAAGACAAUGUCGUCAUGCUCAUCGACAACUUUGGCGGACUCUCUACUCUUGAGUUAGAAGCUCUGACAAAUAUCACAAAAACUCAGCUGGCCAAGGACUGGAACAUCAAACCAGUCCGCAUCUAUGCUGGCGUAUUCGAGACCUCCUUAAACGGACCCGGCUUCUCGAUAUCCCUCGGGAAUCUCACCGGCAUGGCCAAGGCACUCGGCCGUGAAGAUUCUGACCUCAUCCAGCUUCUUGAUGCACCGACAACCGCGCCCGCAUGGCCGAAGAAUGGCUACGCUCAUGCACCCAAACCCGAUGACGCUGCACCGUCCACAGAGGCCGACGAAGAAUCAGAUGAAGCAUUGGAGAAAGGCCCUCAAGUCUCGACAUCCGACCUCAAGCGCGCCCUUCAGAAAGCAUGCGAUGCCGUUAUCGCCGCCGAACCCGACAUAACCAAAUACGACAUCCAAAUGGGCGACGGCGACUGCGGCGAAGCCGUCUCAACAAUCUGCAACUCCAUCAUCUCCAAUCUCUCAUCCGGUCCCUUCGAAGCCGAGAGCGCCUCCAUCUUCGCGCUCCUAAAGCCCAUCGGCGAGAGCGUCGAGAACGUGGGCGGCUCCCUCGGCGCGAUCCUGAGCAUCAUGCUCACCGCCUUCUCCAACAGUCUGCGGAAGCUUCAUACUAGCGAGGAUCUCACGGCUGUGGAUGUUGCUGCCGUAGGCAAAGCCCUCGGUCCCGCGCUUAAGAACCUGGAGUCUUAUACCCCUGCGCGGAAGGGCGACAGGACGGUUAUGGAUACGCUGACCCCGUUCGUGGAGCAGCUACAGCGUAAGCCGGAUCUGGGCGAAGCGGUGCAAGCGGCUGAGGAGGGCGCGAACAGCACGAAGGGGAUGAGGCCGAAGUUUGGGAGGGCGACGUACAUUGGGGACAAGGCGGAGGGUGAUGAUCUGCCGCCGGAUCCGGGAGCGGUGGCUGUGGCUGUUUUCUUGAGAGGAUUGUUGGAGGGCUGGGAAGGUGGAUCAUAA